AUGGAUACUGCUACCACUCCUACUGCUGUUGUCACUGGUGGCGCAGGGUUUCUGGGCUCGCACCUCGUAGGCUUGUUGUUGGAUGAGGGCUACCACGUCAUCGCCGUCGACUCCCUCUGGACAGGUUCAACUGGAAACGUCACCAAGUUCAACAACCAUCCCAACUACACCUUCCUUCGGCAUAACGUCGCGGAGCCAUUCCCAGAGCAACUUGCGAGCGCCAGUCGCAUCUACAACCUGGCGUGUCCUGCUAGCCCGAAGAGAUUUCCGCAGGCACCACUUGGUAUCCUAGAGACAUGCUACGUGGGCACCAAAAACGUACUGGACUUGGCUUGCAAAGGCGGCGCUCGUGUUUUGCUUGCCAGCACUUCGGAGGUUUAUGGAGACCCGCUUGUAUGUCCCCAAACUGAGGAUUACUGGGGUAAUGUGAAUUCUUUCGGUGGCCGGUCAUGCUACGAUGAGGGUAAACGAGUCGCGGAAACACUCGCUUACGGCUAUCGUCUUGAGAAGAAUGUUGAUGUCCGGAUCGCGCGAAUUUUCAACGCUUAUGGUCCGGGCAUCAGACCUGACGAUGGUCGCAUCGUUCCAAACUUCAUCGCUGCCGCCCUGAGACAAGAAGACAUCAAAAUCACAGGUGAUGGGACAGCCAGCCGCUGCUUCCAGUACGCUGGCGAUUGUGCGAUGGGGUUAUACAGGCUGAUGGAAAGUUCGGUCCUCACUCCUGUCAACAUAGGCCGCGAGGAGGAGACCACUGUUGGAGAGAUGGCCAUCCUGAUCAACGAUAUCGUUGCCGAAAAGACGGGCCGGCCCAAGGUGGGGAUUGUGUUUGGGCCAAAACCCGACGAUGACCCAUACAGGAGGGUCCCGGAUGCUCGCAAAGCGAAGCGCGAGCUCGGUCAUGAAGCAAAGGUUGGUUUAAAGGAGGGUCUGGAGAAGACUGUUGAGUGGUUUGCCAAUCUGCGAGAGUUCGGCCCACUCCAGGCGAAGAUUUGA